AUGCCCGGGCAAGGUCACGCGAACCCUGCCGAUUCGUCGGUGGUUGGCAGUGAGGGUGGGCUGUUGACAGAGUCCCGAAAGUAUUCAGUCGUCAACCCGCGCACUUCAAUGGAUGGAGGCCCAGUGAUGAAAUCACGGGAUUUGGGAUGCUGCAGUUACAUUCUACUAGCCCUCUCCUACUUUGUCAUUAUGCUCACCUUUCCAGUCUCCAUAUUUUUCUGCAUCAAAGUAAUUGCAGAAUACGAACGGGCUGUGCUAUUCCGACUUGGACGAAUUCUUCCAGGGGGUGCUCGGGGUCCAGGCCUAUUUUUUACCGUCCCCUGUCUAGACAUGAUUCGAAAAGUCGACCUCCGAACAGUCACCUUCGACGUCCCGCCUCAAGAGGUUCUAACUAAAGACUCCGUCACGGUAGCAGUCGACGCUGUGGUCUACUACCGGAUCUACAAUCCAGUGGUCGCCAUCAUCAACGUGGAGGACGCCGAUCGCUCCACGAGGCUGCUGGCUGCAACCACGCUGCGCAACGUCCUCGGCACCAAGAACCUCUCCGACAUUUUGUCGGAACGCGACUCAAUUUCUGGAAUGAUGCAGACUAUGCUGGACGAAGCUACAGAUCCCUGGGGAGUGAAGGUGGAGCGGGUGGAAGUGAAGGACGUGCGUUUGCCCGUUCAGCUGCAGCGUGCGAUGGCAGCCGAGGCGGAGGCCGCAAGAGAGGCUCGAGCUAAGGUUAUCGCAGCAAGAGGGGAGCAGAAGGCAUCUCAGGCGUUGAAGGAGGCUGCUGACGUCCUAAACGAGUCGCCCUUUGCCAUCCAGUUGCGCUACCUGCAGACCCUAAGUACCAUAUCCGCCGAGAAGAACUCGACAAUAAUUUUCCCACUGCCAGUCGAUUUGGUGACACAAUUUAUCCGGAGGAAACCCUCACCAGCGCCUGUCUCGGUGACCCCGUCUUCCGCAACCUCCGCUGUCGGAGGUGGCUGCGUCGACUCGAGCGACAGCAGCCGCGCUGGAGGCCCGGCCGGCAGUGCUGGACGCGACCAACGCGGCUUCCCCGCUCCCCCCUCGGCGCGCCGACACCACCACCUAAUCGGCGGCUUGUCGUCGCAGCAAGCGACGGUGACGAGCGAGGCUUUCGCCGUCUAG